AUGGAAGAUCAAGAUGCAUCAUCAAGCAUGAUUUCAAGUGCCAAAAGUCCCACCAUCAAUGUGGAAACUUUGGCAUUUAGCAGAAGCAACAAACUUGGAAGGCUUCAUAGCAAUAUCGGUAAAGUAGCAAAAUUCAAAGGCAUUGUGCCACAAAAAAAUGGACAUUGGGGUGCACAAAUAUAUUCAAAUCAUCAAAGGAUCUGGCUAGGAACAUUCAAGACUGAGAAAGAAGCAGCUAUGGCCUAUGAUAGUGCUGCCAUAAAGCUCAGAAGCACGGAUUCACAUCGAAAUUUUCCAUGGAACGACCGCAAUGUUCAAGAGCCUAGCUUUCAAAACCAAUACAGUACAGAAGAGAUUCUGAACAUGAUUAGAGAUGGAUCUUAUCAACAGAUAUUUGUGGAUUUUAUAAUGAAACAAUCACAAAGAGAAGAAAUUGGUGGAAGUGAUGAUCCCAAUGGAAGGAGGGUGCAUGCAGAUGAUGAACAAUUCUCAUGCAUACAACUUUUUCAAAAGGAUCUAACACCAAGUGAUGUGGGGAAGCUUAAUAGACUUGUGAUACCCAAAAAAUUUGCUGUUAAGUACUUCCCCUACAUUUUUAAAGAUGUUGAAGAUGAUAGGGUACUAAAUACUGCUGGGGUAGAUGACACAGAACUCAUAUUUUACGACAGGUUCAUGAAGUCUUGGAAAUUUAGAUAUUGCUACUGGAGGAGUAGCCAAAGCUUUGUUUUCACAAAGGGUUGGAAUAGGUUUGUUAAGGAGAAAAAAUUGAAGGAAAAAGACAUCAUUAUAUUUUAUACAUGUGCCUGCCCAAACAAGGUACAAGAGCAACAUGGUCAAGGCCACUACUUUACCAUGAUUGACGUAGUUUAUUGCAAUGGCCAAAGCGGCAAGCUUGACGGGUUUAACCAAACGGAGGAUAUGCAAAGAGAAUUGGCUGUCGUUUUAAGGCAAAAUAUGAGAAAGAAGUUGCAAAAGGAUGGGAAAGAAUUGAAGGAAACAUUGAAAAACAAGGUUAAACAUAAAGGGUUUAGGCUUUUUGGGGUGCAGAUUAAUGAGGUUGAAUUGCAGUUGCAACCUUGUUUCCAAACAGGUACUGAGUGA